UGCUCGCCUCAAAAAGGGUGACGCUUGGCCCGUUCCUUGACUCACCCCCACGCGAAGGGCGGGCGAUCAGUGGCACGCUCCCCGGCGGCCCCUCUUCCCCAGCGAUGCUCUCACCCGGCGGUGGUCGCUCCUCCAUCCGUCCCUCCACAUGCUAAGCAAUCGAUCCAAAAUUGAGCUCGAUGGAUCCUGCUGAAGUUCCCGAGGGAUAAUAAUCUGUUCCUCUAUUCUGAAUCUUCUCAAUUUUAUUUGCAAUAUAUACCUAGUUUGUUGUUUUGUGGGGAGGAGAUCGAACCCAGAAUUGUCAUCGAUUGGCUCUUACAUAUGUUAUCGGUUCCUUGUAUUUGUCGUUGUUGUCACAGGAUUGAUCCAAAGAGUGGGUGUAGAAUAGAUAUCACUGUAAAUUCUUACUUCACCGUGCGGGAUGCUAGAAAUGAGUAUAAUCGGGACAGGCUAGGAAAAUUCACUGUUGAUUCAGAAGAAUACUCAAUCAUUGACCUGGAGAAAGAUAUUGCUUCAGAAUUUAAAUGGGGAAGUGACCAGCAGGCAAAUUUUUGGGUUCUAAUAGAGGGUAGCAUGACAUGCAAGUUGGUUUCGGAUGCGCAGUUUCUUGACUUGUUAAGGGCAUCUAGAGUAGUGAAGUUGCUCAUGGUAGUGGGCAGACAUGAGCACAAUGUUAGAGAGGGGGAGAUACCUGCAUCAAUGAACAAUAAUUUGGAGGUAGUAGAUAUAGGAUUUGCAUGGGUAGAACUACUUCAAUACGGGGAAACAACUGGAGGGCCACCAAUGGCUGACGAGGAAGAGAAGGACCACUUCAUCACCGUUGGGUACGAUCCUAAUGGAGAUGAGCCUGCUGGAGUAGAUGAGGAGUGGAGGUAUUUUAAAGAUGUUGAUCCAGUCGAAAACCUUACAGAUCAGGUGCAGAAAAGAAAAAGGACAAUGCAUGUUCCAGAAAUCCGAGACUACUAUGCUUGAUGAUUUUCUUGUGCCUCACAUAUCACAUGAUAAAGAGAAUCCAAUCAUUAAGGAGGGAGACAUAUUUGCAAACGAAUGCUUUUGUCCAUACUAUCAGACAGUAUGCCAUCAGAAAUGAAUUUGAGACUAGGAUUGAACAUAGUGAUAAAGAAAGGUACAGGGCAAGGUGAGCAGACGAAAGUUGUGAUUGGAGAGUAUUUGCAAAGAAACUACAUGGUAGCAACACAAUCAUGUACAAGCAAGACAAAGGGAUAGGAGGCUUCCAUAGCUUGGAUAUCUCAAAAGGUGAAAGAUGUAGUAGAAGAGGAUCCUACUUUGGUUGCAAAGAAGUUACAAAAUAGAUUGGAGAAACACUACAACAUUCAGUUGUCAUAAAUUAAAUGGGUGACAAGAGUUAUUGGCCAAAAAUUGACCCUGGUUUUAAAAUGAUUCCUCCAAAGUUGGAAAGGCCUCCUGGUAGACCAAGGAAGAAAAGAAUAAAGGCUAGUGGAGAGGUAGGGAAAAGAGGCACAUAUCAAUGCAAAAGGUGCUUUCAGUUUGGACACAUAGAAAAAGGUUGCAAUGCUACUCAAGCUGAACUAGAACAAGAGCUUCCACCACCAUGUCCAAAAACAACCAAAAAAAGCAAAGGAAAUCCAAAUUUGAUGCUGUCGAAGUAGUUGAUGCUGAGCCAUCCCAAAAUACCGUUGAUCCAAAAGUGAUGUCCAGUCUAGGUGUAACAACAAGAAGCAUGUCUUCUCUUUCUCCAACCAGCCCAGGUCCUACAAUAAGAAGGAUGGCAUCCAUCUCCCCUGGAGGAAUUAAUCGGAUGCUCAUUAUUAACUAGAUUUAGUAGCUGUAAUUCUCUAUUUUGUGAGCGAGCAAUCUGAGCAUACCCAGGCAAUUGGGGGCCUUUUGUGCAACUUUGUGUGGUGGUAUAGCUCUUUUUCCUCUAGGCAACACUAUGCCAGAUUGUGGUAAAUCUAUCGUGAUCUUGCGAAAACUGGUUUCUUGAUGCAAUUAUGGUACUGAAAUGACAACAAAGUUGUCUCA